CACACACACACACACUGCGCCAUUUGCUUCAGACACACGUGUGUUCGGCGCGCAGCUGCAUGUCAUGAGUUCAAACCCGAGUUAAUAAUAACUAUAAUUUAUCAGAUAAAUCCUCAUCAUCAUGCCGAAGGUGAAGAAGAGCAGCGGCGCGCUGUCUCUGGCAGAUCAGAUCCUGCAGGGAGACGCGGUCCGGAGCAGCGGCCGCCUGAAGAACCGGAGCCGGAGCCGGAGCGAGGAGGAGCAGGAGUAUGUGGACGAGAAACUGUCCCGAAAGAUCCUCCAGCAGGCCAGAAUACAACAGCAGCAGCUGCAGAGCGAGCUGGGACUCACUCCAGACACCAGGAGACCACCAGCCACUCGACUAGGUCCGAGCACACAGGACGGAGACUCUGAUGACGAGUGGCCGGCGCUGGGCGAUGACGCUGCGGAGGAGACGGGUGGAGAGGUGGACGUGGAUCCUGAGGACGAGAAGGCCAUCGAGAUGUUCAUGAACAAGAACCCGCCGCUCAGACGCACGCUAGCCGACAUCAUCAUGGAGAAGAUCACGGAGAAGCAGACGGAGGUGGGCACCGUGAUGUCCGAGGCGUCGGGACGCGCCGCUCCUCAGCUGGACCCGCGGGUGCUGGAGGUGUACAGAGGCGUCAGCAAGGUCCUGUCGAAAUACCGCAGCGGGAAACUUCCCAAAGCCUUCAAGAUCAUCCCGGCUCUCUCCAACUGGGAGCAGGUGCUGUACCUCACCGAGCCGGAGACGUGGACGGCCGCCGCCAUGUACCAGGCCACCAGGUCAGAGGUCACAGGCCACAGGUCGUCGCGCAUGCGCCACUUCGUGUUUUCAGUAGGGCUGUGCAAUUAUUGCAGCGCCGCCAUGCUGAAAAUCGCAGAGAUGGAGUACAACGGAGCCAACAGUAUUUUCCUGCGGCUGCUGCUGGAUAAGAAGUACGCGCUGCCCUUCCGCGUGCUGGACGCUCUGAUCGCACACUUCCUGUCGUUCUGCGCGGACAGACGGAUGCUGCCGGUGCUGUGGCACCAGAGCCUGCUGACGCUAGUGCAGCGCUACAAAGCUGACCUGUCCUCCGAACAGAAGGAGGCGCUGCUGGAGCUGCUGAAGUGCCAGACGCAUGCGCAGAUAUCGUCCGAGAUCCGGCGCGAGCUGCAGAGCGCUGAGUCACGUGACCUGGAGGACGCUACAACCGUCAUGACCGUCGGCUGAGCCGCCGCGGACUUCCAUCGUAACGCGCGAUUGUGUUGCAAUAUAUUUAGCAUUCUUUGCAGUAAUGCAUUGUUUGUAUUUUUGGACUACACUUUUGGUUAGAACUUGUGUUACUAGGUAAUAAAAUUACGUUAU